UUUUCAAACCGUCCAAUCGGCCCAGGAGGGGGGGAGAGCGAGGACGCCAUCUUGCUUGUUUUAGUCGGAGGAGGGGUGGAAAAACAGCCGCCGCCGGCAGCGACUCCACGGCCGGCAAAAAGAGAAAAGCACAAAACGGCUCACCGGCCCGACGCCUUAGACAAUGUUUUAUGCCCACUUUGUCCUCAGCAAACGUGGGCCGCUGGCCAAAAUCUGGCUGGCGGCCCACUGGGACAAGAAGCUGACCAAGGCUCAUGUGUUUGAGUGCAAUCUGGAGAGCAGCGUGGAGAGCAUCAUCUCACCCAAGGUGAAAAUGGCUUUACGAACGUCAGGACAUCUGCUGCUGGGGGUGGUGAGGAUCUAUCACAGGAAGGCCAAGUACCUGCUGGCAGACUGUAACGAGGCCUUCAUCAAGAUCAAGAUGGCGUUUAGACCAGGUGUGGUGGAUCUUCCAGAGGAGAACAGAGAAGCAGCCUACAACGCUAUCACGCUGCCUGAGGAGUUCCAUGAUUUUGAUCAGCCACUACCAGACCUAGAUGAUAUUGACGUUGCUCAGCAGUUCAAUUUGAACCAGAGCAGAGUGGAGGAGAUCACCAUGAGAGAGGAGGUGGGCAACCUCAACCUGCUGCAGGACAAUGACUUUGCUGACUUUGGUAUGGACGACCGGGAGAUGAUGCGGGAGGAGAGUGCGUUCGAGGUGGACAUCAUGGGAGCGUCAGCAUCCAACCUGCUGCUGGAGGCUGAGGGUGGAGCUAACCCAAUGGCUGACAAGUCCAACCAUCUGGAGUACGAUGACCAGUACAAGGACGACUUCGGAGACAACCCCAUGGAGAGCAAUGAGGGAGGCAUGCUCGUGGACAAGCUGCUGAGUAAUGAGGAUGGAGGCGGCAUCUUUGACGACCCUCCUGCCAUCACAGAGAGUGUGAUGAUGCCUCAGGACCACGGAGACGAUGAGGACGACUUUGACGCUCUCUCAGCGGGAGCCCCAGACAGUCCAGACUCAGGCCCAACAGAGCCUCUACCAGCCAUGGCAGACCAGACAGAACAAACCACCCUGAUUCACAACGAGGAAGAAACCUUUGCCCUGGAGCCUAUUGACAUCACAGUGAAGGAGACCAAGGCGAAGCGAAAGAGGAAGCUGAUUGUGGACAGCGUGAAGGAGCUGGACAGUAAAACCAUCCGUGCACAGCUGUCUGACUACUCUGACAUUGUCACCACCCUGGACCUGGCACCUCCUACCAAGAAACUGAUGAUGUGGAAGGAGACCGGUGGAGUCGAGAAGCUUUUCUCUCUCCCUGCUCAGCCCCUCUGGAAUGCUAGGCUGCUUAAAAUGUUUACAAGGUGUCUGACACCACUGGUGCCAGACGAGCUUAGGAAGAGGAGGAAAGGUGGAGAGGCUGACAGUCUAGAUGAGUUCCUCAAGGAUCUGGAGAACCCGGAGGUACCCAGAGAGGAAACAACAGGACACCAGCAGACAGACAUCAUGGACCAAACCAUCAUGGAAGAGGCCAGUGUUCUGCAGACUUCAGCUGUAGAAGGCAGCAGGACGACGCUGGACGAGUCAGUCAUGCCCCCUCCGUCCUCCCAACGUGCCCUCAAACGCAAAGCCCAGGACACAGAACCAGCCCUGCCCAUGGGAGCUUUGGACCAGCAACAACAACAGCCGCAGGAGUCCAAAGCCUCUAAUGUGUCCCAGCAGCUGGAGGCAUCCAGUGUGGAUCUGCUCCCAGAGGAAACCACUAACAUCAGCCAGCUGAUAGAGUUGGACCUGCUCUGUGACAAGGACAAGAAGAAGAACGAUGACGACUCUGAUGAAGAGGAGGAUGAGGUGCAGGGAGGAGACCAGGAUCAGGAGGAGAGGAGGUGGAACAAAAGAACCCAGCAGAUGCUCCAUGGCCUCCAGAGGGUGAUGGCCAAGACAGGUGCCCAGUCGGUCAGCCUGCUGGAUCUGUGCAGAAACAACAACAAGAAGCAGGCAGCUGCUAAGUUCUACAGUUUCCUGGUUCUGAAGAAGCAGCAGGCGGUGGAGCUCGUCCAGGAGGAGCCGUACAGCGACAUCAUAGCAACGCCCGGACCUCGCUUCCACAUCAUCUAGAAAACACAACUUGACAGUCCGAAAAGGAAAAACAACUCUUCUCUGUACUCUCUGCAACACAACGCUGUGUGUCUGUUAAUUUUAUUUAUUUAUUUGAGUUUGUUGACUUUGUUUCGUGUAUGAUGUGGAGUUUUUUUUUUCUUCUGUCGACAAUAUCUUACUGUCAUGCAGUGGUUGGAAGGAAGAGGUCUGAAUUACAUGGUUGGAUUAAGAUGUUUCUUCCUUGAAAAAUUCCAUAGUGAGGAGGAGGAGGAGGAGGAUUACAACUCCAAACAAUGGACACUUCCUGUUUGUUAUUAUUUAUUAUUCAUUUAUUUAUUAUUAUUUAUUGUAUAUUUUAUUAUAAAGACUCACUUUCUAGCUAAGUUAGUAUUAAGUAAGGUACAUAAAGUGAGCAAUGUGGGUGUCCCUUUUUGUUUGGAGUUGCUCUCCACUCGUUUUUUCAAGCAGAAAAACUUUGACAAGCACUACUUCCUUCAAAAAGCUGUUGUUUUGCACUGGCACCUAAGUCAAAGGGAGUCUAUUAUCUGGAUAUGUUUACAGUGGGAGACAACUGUGUGUUUAUACAGUGAUAAUUCAAUCAACCAUGUUACUUCUACUACAGGACAAAGUUCUGAGGGUUCUCGUGUACACUGACUUACCUAAAAGGAGCAUGCACUAUAUCCAGUCUCUGCAAGCGUACAUUUAAACAGUUACUACGGUAGUGAUUUGCAGACUCAACCAGCAAUUAAUCAUUAUUCAACUGUAGUGUAGCACUUUAAGCAUUACAAAAUCCAAGUUGUUGUUUUUUGCAAAUGCUUUGCUUGCAUCAUUGACUGUUUGCGCCUCACAAGAGUCAGAAAAACUAUAGUUGUGUCCCAAAUCCAUGCUACAUAUUCAUUCUAAGUAGGAUUUAUGUAUGUAGUGUGCUCACACUGGAAAAGUGGAAAGAUAAAGUACACACAAAACAGUCAAUAUGCACACUGUGCUGUUGAUGUACACUUUUCUUCUAUAAUGCAAUGCACAAAGGAAAUAGAGGAGAUGCUCACAGCUGGAAAAAAAAAACUUAAGAUAACUGUUGAUGCUGGUGAAACGGCUCCAGGAACACCUCAAAAAUGUUAUGUCUGGACAAACAUUUUGCUGGCUUUUUAAAUUUAAUUGGCAGUAGCAUUCAAAAUAACACACUUAUUGUAUCAUUUGUAUGGUGAUUUCUUGUAAACAAACUGCAAAAACUAUACUAUAAAGAUUAGUAUAUAGUACAUCCUGUAUAUAAUUAGAAUGUACUAUGGAAUUGGGACACAGCGUAUAAAAAAGAGCUUCAGAGUUUCAGCCUAUAGAUGAUGGAAACAUUAGUGGUCUGCCAUACUUGCAUGCUCUGUCCUGAAAUAUGUUAUUAGAGUGGAAUUGCUCCAGAAACUACCAUUUUUAUUGCUGUGUUGCUCUUUUAUUCUUAAAAUGACUUUGAAGUAUGUGACAAAGAUUCAAUUUAUCCAGUGGUCCUUUUAUAUAUAAAUAAUAAUUUAGUUACAACUGGGUGACAUACAGUAUUAUAUUGUCUUGAUAAUUAAGACUUUUCAGUUGUUGUGCUCUAACAGUGUCACUUCCACAGUAACUUAACUUAGUGUAAAUCAAGUAGAUACUCUGUUCAGUAUUCAUUUGUUGAUGUAAUAUAUAACAAGAAAAUUCAUUGGGUUUUUUUAUUUAAAAGCAAAAUAGAUUUUUUUAAUCUAAAGAAUGACUUGAUAACACAAUCAAGUGAAGUCUAAAUGGACAUAUUUGUUAUGAACGUUAUAGUCAUCAAAAAGCAUAAAGUAAAAACAAGCAGACCACCAAGAAUUGUGACCACACUUCUUCCUUGUGCUUCAGCAAAGACAGCUGAAUGCAUCGUUUUUGAUAUCCACUUCCAUAUAAACUAUAUAUCAUGUAAUGUCUGAGUGCAUCUUGUAUUUUAAACUAUGUGCCUGUAAACCUACUUUUUAAUUUUGUAUAAAAGCAAAGACAAAUCUUCUCAAUCUCAAAAAUAUUGCUAUGUUUCUGAAAAGUUUCAGUCCCAUGGCUGUAAAUCCUGAGUCCCGGAAACAGUUGCUAAAUUUUUCAAAAUAAAACAAAUACUAUGACCAGUA